UUAGAAUAUUUAGGCAGAYGAAGAGUAGUGUAUAAAAGGUCCUACGUCCAGAACUUAGUAUCGCUUUUUUUUGCUGAACAAGCUGGUAGGUGAACUUACUCAAGGGAACUGUCUGGGAGAUUCAAGAACUACGUAUUGAUCUACACCAGAUACAAGAAACCGAAAUAUGAGAUUCUCUUUACAUGUUCUAAGUUUCGCCCUGCUUAUCGCAGUCGUCAUAGCAACAAAUGAAAAGAAAGAAGAAAAACUUCCACCAAUCAUAGACCUGGGCCAGCCUGCUUACUUCCAUAUAAGGGGAAAACGUGAAGAAAGUCGUCCGCCUUUAGUGGAUUUAACUGAGCCAGCAUUCUUUCACAUCAGAGGCAAGAGAGUUGCUAAGCAACCACCAUUUUUGGGACAGCCAGCCUUUUUCCAUAUAAGGGGAAAACGUAAAGAAAAUCCUCCGUAUGAAGAAUUAAUCGAGCCUGCGUUCUUUCACAUCAGAGGCAAGCGAGUUGCUAAGCAACCACCUUUCUUGGGAGGACCAGCCUACUUUCAUAUCAGAGGAAAACGAGAUGUGCUUCCACCUUAUGUAGAUUUAACUGAGCCCGCCUUCUUUCAUAUCAGAGGUAAACGAGUUGCUAAGCAACCACCUUUCUUGGGAGGACCAGCUUAUUUUCAUAUUAGAGGCAAGCGGGAAGAAUAUCCUCCCUAUAUAGACUUGACUGAGCCCGCAUUUUUCCACAUCAGAGGCAAACGGGAUCCAAGUAAAGAAUGAAAUAAAAAGACCAAGAAAAUGAAUUCAAAGUAUAUAGUGUAAUAGACGACUUGCACUAACAGGUCACCUGACCCUACCUCCCUUAAAACGAGCAGUUUUGUCAAAAUUAAAAAAACAGAAAUGAAGAGAGCAUCUCGGCAUUAGUAGGUAKGCGGAGUUUCAACUCAUAAUAAGCGAGAAAGGAGAAAUGGCAUUAGAUACAAAAUUGAAUGUUUUAAAAGGAUUUAUAUGGGUAAAUGCCCUGGAUGGCAAAAGCUUACCAGCCAACACUUUUAUAACAAAAUCCAAUACGAUCAAUACAAACCCUUUAAUGUCUUCUCUCUUAUAGUAAAAAUGUCGAGCUAAAAUUUCGCCCUCUUACUAAAUUUGAGGCGCUCGUUUCAUUUCUGGAGUUCAAUUUGACUUAUUUGCUUGUUUUAAAGGGGAUGGGGUCACGUGACUCGUUAGUGCAAGUCGUCUAUUAGUGAUAAUUGUUUACGAUUCGUACGCGAGGUAAAAAUAGCUUGACGAUGGGACGACAAACCGAAGCAAAAUGAAAACCCUAGUUCAAGACUAACAAGCGACGAACAG